GUCUCUUUUACCCGUGUGUAGGGGUUUCAUACAGGGGGCCUCAGGACUUGGUCUUGUCUGAUCUGGGUGGUGGGGAUCACAGGUCCUUUCUAAUUAAAUUUUAUGACGUAAUUAGUCAAUUUGUUUUCAAUUCAUUGGAACUACAUAUUUCCCUUCUUAAGUAUUGAAUCAUGAAGUGGAACCUAGUGUUCCUUGGGCUCCUUCUGACCUUCGGGCAGCUGUCAUGGGGGCAGAAAGGUAUGGACAUCCCUGAGUACGAUGGAAAGGACCGCGUUCACGACCUAAAUGCCAAGAAUUACAAGUCUGUGAUGAAGAAAUAUGACGUGAUGGUGGUAUACUACCAUGAGCACGUAGGAUCCAGCAAAGUCUCCCAGAAACAGUUUCAGAUUGAGGAGCUGGCCCUUGAGCUUGCUGCACAAGUCCUGGAGGAUUUUGACGAUGAGGACAUCGGAAUCGGUCUACUCGAUGAGAAGACAGACAAAGCUGUUGCCAAGAAAUUAGGUCUGGAUGAGGCUGACAGUAUCUUCAUCUUCAUUGAGGACGAGGUCAUUGAGUAUGAUGGAGAGCUUGCUGCAGACACACUGGUGGAGUUCCUCUUUGAUGUCAUUGAGGAUCCAGUUGAGAUCAUUGACAAUGUGCGAGAGUUGAAAGGUUUCCAUAAUAUUGAGGAAGAUAUCAAGCUGGUGGGCUUCUUCAAGAGUCAGAAAUCUGAGCACUACCAUGAAUAUGAAGACGCAGCAGAGGAGUUUCAUCCACACAUCAAGUUCUUUGCCACCUUUAGUCCAAAGGUUGCUAAGUCUCUAGACUUGAAGUUGAAUGAGGUGGACUUCUAUGAGCCCUUCAUGGAUGAACCUGUUGUCAUCCCUGGUAAACCCUACAGCGAGAAAGAACUUGUUGAAUUCAUUGAGGACAAUGACAGGCCAACACUGAGGAAGAUGCAGCCACACAACAUGUAUGAGAUCUGGGAGGAUGCUCUUGAUGGCGAGCAUAUAAUUGCUUUUGCUGAGGAGGGAGACCCAGAUGGCUUUGAAUUCCUUGAAAUCGUGAAGGAGGUGGCAGAGGAUAACACAGACAAUCCAAACCUGAGCAUCAUCUGGAUCGACCCCGAUGACUUCCCUCUGCUUGUCCCCUAUUGGGAGAAGACCUUCGACAUUGACCUGUCCUCACCUCAGAUUGGUGUAGUGGAGGUUGAUGAUGCUGAGAGUAUCUGGUUUGAUAUGGAUGAUGGCGAUGACAUGCCAACAGUUGAUGAGUUGGAGGAUUGGCUGGAGGAUGUGCUAGAGAACAAAAUCGAUCCUGAUGACGACGAUGACGAUGAUGAUGACGACGAUGACGACGAUGAUGAUGACGACGACGAUGACGAUGAUGAUGAUGAUGACGAUGAUGAUGACGACGAGGACGACGACGAUGAUGAUGAUGAUGAUGAUGAUGAUGACGACGACGAUGAUGAUGACGAUGAUGAUGACGACGAUGAUGAUGAUGAUGAUGAUGACGAUGAUGAUAUUAUUAUUGUUAUUGUUGUUGUUGUUGUUAUUAGCGAUGACGACGACGACGACGAUGACGACGACGACGACGACGACGAUGAUGAUGAUGACGACGACGACGACGACGACGAUGAUUAAACUCUUACCAUUUUACAUGUAUUAUCCAAACUAAAGUCUGUUUAAUUGCAACUGUCUGAAUCAUCAACGUGAUACGUGAUAAAAAUUCCUUCGUUAUUUUUUUGUCGGAUAUCACGAGGUUAAAAAUGUCAACAUUUAACUGUGACCUUCCACGCAUAUCUAGGAAUGCGUUCAUCAUUCUCUCUCCCAUUGACCCAAUGUUUUAUUCAAAGGCCACGCUCUCUCUCAAACCUUCAGAUAUUCACUUCCAAAUGUUGACAUCACUUCUAAAACCAAAAUCAUUAGCAAAAGAUGUAUUCCUUUCAGUUUGUUGCCAUCCAUUUCUUUCAUUCAUAAGGACAUACUGUAAUUGGCAGUUAAAUAACCACUAGUACAUUUGGAAAAGGAACUGACUUUCAAGCAUAAAAAUGUAACCAAAAAUGUAAGAUAGUCAGAGGGAGCAGUAAGAUUAUUUUAAGUGUACAUCCAUCUGUUAAAUUUGUUGUUAUUGUCUCAAUGUUUAUUUGUAUUAAUAUGUGGAUGGAUUGUUUGUCCCACUGUGAUAGGACCUAAAGGUGCUAAGCAGGCUUUUCCUCAAGGUCAUUCGUCAUACCUUCUUUCUUUGUUAAGACAGGAUGUGACCUUAUGUGACAUUAGACAGAGAAGGGAUUGUCCAGCCUUCCUUCUGUGUCUAAAAAGUGCAGUAAAUCACACGUUUUCUACUGAAAAAGAAACAUGAAUGUUUUAUUUAUUUUUGAAUAAAGACAACUUGGUUAACUCUUAAGUCUUAAAAUAAAAACAGAUUGGAAUAAAGUGUUGUAAAUCACAGUUUUUAUGAGACAUUACAAAAACGAGACUAUGGAUCUGCUUCUAGUAGGCUAGGUCUUUAGAAUCAAAUACGGACUUUACAUAUACAGAACAUGGCACUGGGUUUCUUUUCUAUUUUACCAUGUAAUGUCAUGCAGAGGAUA